ACUAACCUCGCAGCCAAAAUGGCGGAAAACGAGGGUAACAGCGGAGCGACCAGAACAAUAACAGCCGCAGAGAACCCCCCUGUCCCCCUCAGCACCGGAGAGGACGUGGCAGCAGGCAUCCCGGACCCCAGCGACCAUCCCGGGGAGCAGCCCGCGUCCUCAGCUGGGACCGUCCGGACCGAGCCAGCCGUGUGUGAGGCUCAAUUGGCGGGCGUCUUGGAGAGCUGCCCGGUGGAGCAGGGCACCAUGGUGGGCACGGAGUUCACCGACCUGUCCACCGCCACCACCAUCAUCUACGUGCAGCCGGACGGCACCUUGUUGGAGUCUGGCUCCGGACUGACGGCCGAGGAGCAGCAGGCUGUGCUGAACCAGCUCUCCAAGCACCAGAUCGUGCAGGUCUCAGACACCCAAGCUGCGCAGCUGCUCCAGCAGACCCAGGUGGUGGAGACCAUUCCGGUCCAGAAAGCUGUCCUGGACCCGGGUCAGCUCCAGCAGGUCAUCGACCAGGUCACCAAGUCCCAGAAUCAGAUCCAGAUCCCCCAGCAGAACCUGACCAACAACAACGCGUCCCAGCAGCUGAAGACUGUGGCUCAACACGUUACCAUGCAGUACGGCUCUGUACAGUCAGAACCUGUCAAGAUCCAGAUCGAAGUUCCCAAACCAGAGGGAGGCGUCGCCCCCCAGCAGAAGAACGUAGCUGUCAGUCACCCGCAGGUGAAGCUGUCUGCCGCAGGGCCUUUGAGCAACGCUCAGAUCUUCCACAUCCAGCCCGUGGUCAACCAGGGCCAGCAGAUCCUCCUGCAGCAGAACCCAGAGGACCCGCCCAUCCRGCUGCUGCUGCAGAGCCCCGCCCCCGUCGUGGGGUCUCUGCUCCCGCUGGUCCACAAGCUGACGGGUCAGCCCGCCCUAACAGGUCCUGCUCCCAAACCUGCAGCCUUCUCCGUCAGAGCGUCGACCAUCAGUGCAGCUAAAGCUUCAACCAACAAGARCCCCUCCUCCAAAACCAUCAGCGUCCCCCUCAUCAGCCUGCCCUGUAACGGCACCGACACCCAGAGUCCCAAACCUCCGGUGCCUCCCGGUCAGCCCGCCGCCGCCCCACAGUCCGUUAAAGUCACCACGCUGUCUGUGGUGAGAGAGAGAGACAAGGACAAGGAGAGGAGGGCCAAGAAGAAGAAGGAGAAGAAGGGGGUGAAGGUCCAGACCAGGUCGGGUCGAGUCUCGAGACCACCCAAGUACAAAGCCAAGGACUACAAGUUUAUCAAGACGGAGGAUCUGGCAGAGAGCCACCAGUCUGACUCUGACGACUACUCCGACAUGAGUGAGGAAGAGGAGCAGGGCGAGGACGCCAGACGAGACGAGCCGGGCUCCAGCUCGUCCCUGUCCUACAGCCACAAGUCCCGCUGCCACCAGUGCCAGACCUGUGACAAGUCCUACAUCGGACCCGGAGGACUGAACCGGCACUACAAACUGAACCCGAGCCACGGAGAACCGAGUCUGUCCGUCAGCACGCCCACCCCGCCUCCAGACGAAGACCGCUUAGAUGAGACGGACACUGCCAGAGAGGAUGAGGAGGACAAACGUCCUGCUGCAGCAGCAAACACAGUGAGACACAUGUCCACAUUCGUGGGCAGACCGGUCCAUCGCGGUCGGUAUCCGAGAAGCGGCGUGACCCCGCUGACAGCAGACCAGCAGGUGAAGAGGAGGCGAGACCGGCUCCUCGAGCUUGUGGAGCAGUGUGAGGUGGAAGAGCUGACCGACGUCGUUCUUCCUCAUUUGACCGAAGUGUUGAGUCUGUGGGAGCUGCUGCUGGCCAAGGUGGACUGCGGGAGUCCCACAUGCACCAGCUUCCCGGAAAUCUACCGAGAGUUCGAGUCCCUGCAGGCUCACGUCCGGCAGGCGGCUCAGGAGUACAUCAGCAGUCCUCAAAGUGGAGACACACCCGUGGAAGUCAGAAACAUCGAGGUGGCCAGGUCUCUGGGGAUCCUGGACGAGGUGAACAGGAUGAAGGUGGUUCCCGGAGCAUCACCUGCCUCGAGCGUGACCAACAAGAACGCCCGGUACCUGGAGAACUCCAAGAUGUUACCACCAUCCAAGAGAUUUAAGAUGGAGAACAGCAUCACCGACGACCAGAGAGGCUCUUUACCACAAACAGGUGGGGCCGUGGGGACCCCAGCUGUCACUCAUCUGAAACCCAGCUCGGUCUCCGUCUCCCCUCUGGUGAUCUCAGAAGGCUCCAAACUGCAGACCACCUCCGCUGACCCUACCUCCAGCUUGUCUGCUCAGGCCGACUCCUCCCAGGCCCCACCUCCUGACGCCCCAAUGGAGGUGCAGGAAGAGGGGGCCAUGAACCUGGAACAGGACACUACCGUCGCAGGCCAGGUGACAGAACCACACGGUGGUUUUGGUCCGAGAACAAAGACAGCUGAGUCCAGUUUAGACCAGACCACAGACACCCCUCAGCCCCAGCAGGGGGACAAGUCCCAGGCCGAGUCCCAGACCACAGACACCCCUCAGCCCCAGCAGGGGGACAAGUCCCAGGCCGAGUCCCAGACCACAGACACCCAUCAGCCCCAGUGGAGGGACAAGUCCCAGGCCGAGUCCCAGACCACAGACACCCCUCAGCCCCAGUGGAGGGACAAGUCCCAGGCCGAGUCCCAGACCACAGACACCCCUCAGCCCCAGUGGAGGGACAAGUCCCAGGCCGAGUCCCAGACCACAGACACCCCUCAGCCCCAGCGGGGGGCCAAGUCCCAGGCUGAGUCCUCAGCUGAGUCCCCGGAGGCCAAGGAGCUGCAGGAGGGCCAGGAGAUCUACAUCCAGACAGAGCAGCUCACAYUCCAGCUGGCAGAGCCUGGAUCAAACGGCAUCGUUAUCGUCAACGGACCCGARGGGACUACCAUGCACAUCCAGGCCCCUGAGGGAGUCCCCCUGGAAGCAGUCCAGGCCCUGCUGGGCAUCGAGGCUUCAAACGGAGACAAAAUCUCUCAGUAAACCUUCUGGACAUCAGUAAAACAAAAACUUGAGUCAGAAACAUUUUUAAAACAUGGGAUUUAUCCGGUGGUUCGAGCGGACCAACACUAGCUCCACAGAGGUGAUUAUCAGAGACAGGUGGACUCUUAAAGACUUGUUAAAUACCUGUCUGUGUGGAAUAAAGCUCUAACAUACCUGUUAGUCUCUUCAGUCCAAGUCAGUGAGUCAGGACCUGUCCACACCACAACUGGUUCACAUCGUAGCCCACAUUGUAACAAAAAUGCUGAAAUACCCGGUCGGCGCCAGCAGAGGGCGARGUUCCACACGAACAACAUCAAAACAAACAAAAAUGUUUAUAGCCUUUUAUUUUUCCUUCAGUUCCAUCACAGCCUUCUCUCCAUUUUCAAGAGUUUUACGGGGACAUCAGGAUCAAACAAGACAGACAAAAAUAAAUAAUUUCAACAAUUUUAUUUUUAUGGCUUUAAAGUGAUAAAAAGCUGCGUCAUUGUUUCUGAAACGCAGUUCAAACAACUGUUACCACCGCCACUAAAUACCCCCGGUGUGGCCAGGAAGCACAAACAGCUGCGUUUAAAAACACUCGGAGCAGAGUUUCAUCAUCAGUUUACAGAUUGUCAUUUUCAACAUUUGUUUUCCUUUAUGUCCACAAACGGCUCGUCUGGUGACACUGCUUAAAAAAAGAAAGUGUGGUCACGAGUUUUCUCUCAUGGCCACGCUUUUAUUUAGUGUCACCGGGGAAACUAUUUCAUUUUAAACUAAUAAACUCAUAGGAAUUACUGUAAAACUAAAACAUAACUCUUUAAAGUUUUAAAUCUCUAAGCCAACGUUUGUUUUUACAACCCAAGAUUAAAAUCAAACCGUUGAGGGGAAAAGGUCAAAUUAACGUUUAUCUUUUUUUACUCUUAUUGUAGCCGAGGAUGAUGAUGGAACUUUAGCUGGAUAAAACGCAGAACAUCUCCGGUGUURGUUUGCUGUUUUACUCGUUCUUUUCUUUCGGGUUCUCAGAGUUUCACCUAAAAGUUCAGAGAUUUUCCUCUUGUUUGGUUUUACAGUUUGUUUCUCUGCGAUCACUUUCGCUCGUUAACUACUGGAAAAAUACCGGAGUAAAGAACAAAAACACUCCGAAUGUUGGCGUUAAUUUUGAACCGGAAACAAAUAUUAAGCCAGUAUUUAAAAAAGUUUGCAGUAAAAUCACGUUCGCUAAAUAGUUUUUUGUUUUUUUGCGAAAAUGGCAGAAAAGUUUCAACAGCAGCAAACUGACGAGAGAUGAAGGUUUCCGUCUUGUUAUAAUUGUUUCACCCAAGAAAACACAAUAAAAUGCUCUUAUUACGAGAAUAAAUUAAAAUAUGACCCAUGAUGGAAAAAUGGAACAGAAUAAAAACAUUUUAUAUUAUUUGAAAUUCUCCUACUAAAUUAUUAAUAAUUGGUAGUUUGUUGAAUUUCUUACCAUAGACUGAAACGAUGUCAGUUAUUUGCAUUAAAUGAAGGGAUUUCCUCAGUGCUACAGCAGAGAAAAACAGUCCAUUAUAAAGAUUUAAAAAAAUUCUUUAAAUGUAGAUUAUUUGAAAUUUUAGUUACCGGGUUUACUGGAUCAUUUCUUAAUGGACUCAUUUUUACACAUCGAGUCAGAACGAGUCCUACAUUUAAUUGAUGUCCAUGAUGAAGAUGAUGAUGUCACCGUGUUAUUUUAUAUUUAUUAUUCUCCUCUGUGUUUCCACACCUUCGUUUCAAACUGGUUUGCUGAAUGUUUAUAUGUAGAUACGUACAAAGAACUAAGUUUUAAAAAGUUGCACUAUUUUUAUUCUUAUUUUUUUAUGUUUUUGAAACGUGUGUGUGUGUAAUCUGAGAACAAUCAGAGGAAUUUAUUAAUCUGUGGUUUUGAUAGUUUGGGUGCAGAGUUCAUCCAGUAGGUUUCAUGUUUGUCCAAUAAAACCACGUGUCAAACUGAA